CCGCAACUUCUCCCAAGAAUCACGAGAUUCGCAAGCAAGAGAACCAUCAGAGACUUUGAAUCGCAUCUGCACAUAUUUCAUUGCUGCUGUAUUCAUGGCGUCGUAUGCGGCUACAGCACCGCAGGCUCACGUCUCGGCUGCCGUGGACGCCGGCUUCUGGGGUCAAGACCUGUCAGAUUCCAGCAAUCUUGCCCUGCACCUCUCGCCCGGCAGCAGCUCUACAACUCUGGAGAGUGUACAUAGCAACUCUACACCCCCAGCGCAGACUCCCAAGUCGGAUAGCAAUGCGCAAAACGGGCGCGCUGCGCAACCAGCGCGAACUUCUGUUGCUGUUGCUUGCGUCCCGUGUCGAAGCCGCCAUCUCAAAUGCGACGGUGGUGUGCGCUGUUCUCGAUGUCGAUCAGAGGGGGCAGAGUGUACCUACAUCAAGUCCCGCCGGGGCUGGAAAGGAAAGAGAAAGAACAAAACUGGCGAGAAUUCCACGGCAGCGCCAAUUCCAGGGCAACUAAACACCAAUCUGUCACCAACCAGCAUUGGACCAGUCAGUGCUGUUCAACUGUCAUCGCCAGAAUAUCCAUAUGUCGACCGCGUGCGCGUAGACUCUUUGGACAGUUCCCCCAGUACUGUUGGUGUCGUCACGUUAUCGCCGCCAAGUACUCAGUACAAUCUGGAUGGAACCCAACGGCUUGACCAGUCAAAGAACUUGCCUCAAGAUGCUAUCUCCUCCUUCUAUUAUUAUUUCUUCAACGCACAUCCUUUCUGUUUGCCUCGCCAUAGGCUGCUGCAAGUCUUUAAGGAGCGACGGGCGCCACUGCUCGAAUUUGCUGUUCACUAUGUUGGUUCGUCUUUCGUGCCAGCACUCCCUACACAGAGCUACCGCGAGGCUCUAGAUAGGAUGAUCAUGGGCCACAAUUACCCCAAGGAUGGGUACUCUGUGCAAGCAUUGCUGCUGUUUGCCAUUUGUUUGCACGCCAACAACGAUGUGCCACGAUCUGCACAAGUGUUCAGCAUAGCCCAUGCUCUAACAUUAGAGCUUGGUAUGCAACGGGCAGAUUUCUCCAUCAUUCAUGGUUGCCAAGAUCCGGUGCUCGAAGAAAGCUGGAGGAGAACUUGGUGGUCCAUGUUCACUGCCAACGGGAUGCUGACUGCCGUGAACCCUGGCGUUCAAUUCCGACUGAAGGAUAUCGCGACAGAUGUGCCAUUGCCGUGCACUACACACCAAUACGUAACGGGCCAGAUUCCAUAUCCCCAGACGCUUCAAGAUUAUGACGAUAGUGGAUUUGCCGCCGAGCAGUUGGUAUUUUCCUCGUUCACCUAUCUUAUCGAUGCUAUACGGAUUCUGGGCAAGGUUUUUGAAGUCGCGCGCUUGGAUGGCAGCUUUCAAUAUCAUGCCGUCGAUGUUGUGGAUACGUACCUCUCCAACUGGCGUCUCAAUCUCCCAGUAUCUAUGACUGAGAUCGUAAAUACCCAUGGAGAAGUGGAUGAGGUUCUAUUCCAGGCCCACAUGGUGAAUAACGGUAGCACUAUCAUGCUCCACCGCCCGCGUUCCAAUCUUGGCUUCAACCCAGUUGCCCCCGUAAAUUUAUGCGUCCAGCCAGGCCAGAUCUUACUGCCCACUCAGACCCGCGAGAUUCAUACAGCAAAGUGCCUUACCGCUGCUGAAAACAUAUCUUCCCUCAUCAAACUUCCAGCGUCAUUGAUUCACCACACACCUUUCUUCACGUGUGUGGUAGUUAUGGCAUCAGUAGUCCAUCUCUCCUAUUGGUCUUUCUUAGUUCCAGAUGGUCAGGACGACAUUAUCAAGCAAAGCAUCCGACUGGACGUGGGCACACUACAACAGUACAGUAACACAUGGCCGAUAGCGCACAUAGUCCUUGGCCAAGUUCGGGGUGUGGCGCAUACACUCUGGAACAGCAAGAAGGCCAUGAGCAUUCAUCUCUGGAACAAUAUCGCCCAAGACGAGAUCAUUAGGAGUGCAAUUGAGGAGGGAAGCAUGGUCCCAGUCGAAACCUACAGUCAAUUGAUUGCACCAAUGCUAAAAUCGUAAUUGACCACAAUGUCCAUGAUAUUUGAGCAAAUUCAGGCCAGUGCCAAACACAAAAUACAACACCCAGAUCGGGGGGGUUGCU